CGUCGAGCGGCGCGCGGCUGUUGUUCCUGGCCUUUGCAGCUGUUGUGCGCGUCCUGCAGCCCCGCGUAGACGAAAACUCCACGUUUUUCGUUUCCACAUUCGCAGGUUGAAGCGAAAACAAAACAAUCGCCCGCGCGGGACGAAAUUCGAGCGAACCCCGUUUUGACGCUGUGCUUGCGAGAAACGAACUUUCGGGAGGCGGGAAUUUUCGGAUGAAAACAAAAAAAAAAAAGCUCGCGAGCAGCUGACGAAAGUACCUAACCUCGCUGUCGACGAGCGUCGAUAUACGCAACACAUAGAUUUUUUAUGGGCACAACAGUGUAGGCAUAUGUGUGUAGCGAAGUACGCGCUACCAGUGCUCCGUUGCCGAUUGUAAAAAAAAAAAAAAAUAGUUGGUGGACGAAAGAAUUUGACAGUGUAAGGAUGGCCCUCCGGAGCUUCCUGGCGCUUCUGCUGACGCUGUCGUGCAGCGUCGUCGCGCACCAGCAACAGCACCAAGCUCGUAUCCAAGGUCCGUCCCGAGACUUCAGCACACACGCGGUCGUCAGGCCAAGGACCUACCAUGGCAGGAGCAAGCGACUGAUCACCUCCACCAAAGAGGGCGACACCGAGCACGCGGCCGAGCUCAGAGUGGCUCUGGAGUUGAACGGCGAGAUGCGCGUCCUUGAGCUGAGGCUCAACACGGAUCUCGUUCCCUACGGGUACAAGGAGAGGCAUCAGCACCGCGGCGACUUCGAGACCAACGUACCGGACAAAGUGGACACCGAGCACGCGGCCGAGCUCAGAGUGGCUCUGGAGUUGAACGGCGAGAUGCGCGUCCUUGAGCUGAGGCUCAACACGGAUCUCGUUCCCUACGGGUACAAGGAGAGGCAUCAGCACCGCGGCGACUUCGAGACCAACGUACCGGACAAAGUGGAAUUGUGUCACUACAGAGGCAGCGUCCAGGGCCUCCCGGGCUCAUGGGUGGCACUGUCGACGUGUCACGGGCUCAGUGGGGUAAUAUUCGACGGUGAAAAUCACCAUUAUAUUCAUCCCGAGACGGAGUCCCUGGAUUCACGGCAUUACCUCUACAAGCACACCGAUCUUGUGACUAAUCAUACGUGCG